UUUUUGGGAUUUUAAAAUUUGUUAAUCCUUAGCUUACUUUGGGUUUUGAAUCCUCAUAGUAAUAGAGCAAAAUGCCACCCACCUUUUUUUAUGCAAACGCAUGAUUGACACACUAGAAUUUUCCAUUUAUCUCUUUUAAAUAUAACCAGCUUUGGUCUUCUACUGUUCUUGUUUUUGUUUAUACUUUCUUGGCUUUUAUAUAUUCUUUCCUUUACUCUGCUGAACCAGUGGUAGCCAUGUUACCUCUCUUUGUUUCUCUCUCUCUACUGCCAAAUACCAAACCUCUGGUUCUCUUUCUUGGGUCUCUCUGACAGUAGAUUUGAGUGGAUUUUCUGGCAUGGGAAGCUCGAGGAGCUCUACGAGUGGGAUUGUCAUGUAAACUUCACCUAAAACUUAAGUAGAAAAUUCUGUUUUCUGGGUCUCUGUUUUUGAGAACUCUAAUUCAAUGGAACCAAGUAGAAGAAAUUUUGUUAUCUGUUUUGUGGUUUUAUUCUGGUUUUGGAAUCCUGCAAGUUGUUUACUCUCUCCCAAAGGUGUCAACUUUGAAGUUCAAGCUUUGAUGGAUAUAAAAGCUUCCUUGGAGGACCCUCAUGGUGUUCUAGAUGAUUGGGAUGGAGAUUCUGUGGAUCCAUGUAGUUGGACUAUGGUCACUUGUUCCCCUGAAAGUCUGGUCAUUGCACUGGGAACUCCAAGUCAAAACUUAUCUGGGACUCUUUCUUCAAGUAUAGGGAACUUGACUAAUCUCCAGAAAGUGCUUUUACAGAACAAUAACAUUUCAGGACCAAUCCCAGCAGAGCUUGGAAGGCUUUCACAGCUUCAGACACUUGAUCUUUCAAAUAAUAUCUUCUCUGGUGAAAUUCCAUCUUCCUUAAGCCGCCUGAAAAAGCUCCAAUACCUGAGGCUUAACAAUAACAGUCUUUCUGGACCAUUGCCUAUGUCUUUGGCUAACAUGAGCCAGCUUGCCUUUCUGGACUUGUCUUAUAAUAAUCUUAGCGGUCCAGUGCCUGAGUUUCUUGCAAGAACAUUCAACAUCGUGGGAAACCCGAUAAUCUGCUCAACAGACUUGGAGAAAGAUUGCUAUGGGACAGCGCCAAUGUCACUUAACUUCGGUUCCAAUGGUUCACAGAGUGCUCAAUCUUUAGAGAGGCCAAAAAGUCAGAAGGUGGCCGUUGCUUUUGGGUCGAGCCUGGGCUGCAUCUGUCUUCUCAUCCUUGCAUUUGGACUUUUUCUUUGGUGGAGGCAAAGACAUAAUCAGCAGAUAUUCUUAGAUGUCAAUGACCAACACCAUGAAGAAGUUUGCCUUGGAAACUUGAAGAGAUUCCAAUUCAGGGAACUUCAAAAUGCAACAGACAACUUCAGCAGCAAAAACAUUCUUGGUAAGGGGGGUUUUGGUAAUGUCUACAAAGGGCAUCUCCAAGAUGGGACUGUUGUGGCUGUAAAGAGACUCAAAGAUGCAAAUGCAAUUGGAGGGGAAAUCCAAUUUCAGACUGAAGUUGAGAUGAUCAGCUUAGCAGUGCACCGGAAUCUCCUCAGGCUAUGUGGGUUUUGUAUGACUGCAACAGAGAAACUUCUUGUUUAUCCUUACAUGUCCAAUGGAAGUGUUGCUUCCCGUCUUAAAGCAAAACCAGCCUUGGAUUGGGGUACUAGGAAGAGAAUUGCAUUGGGAGCUGCAAGGGGCCUAUUGUAUCUUCAUGAGCAGUGUGAUCCUAAAAUAAUUCAUAGGGAUGUGAAAGCUGCCAACAUAUUGCUUGAUGAUUACUGUGAGGCAGUUGUAGGAGACUUUGGGUUGGCAAAACUUCUAGAUCACAGAGAUUCACACGUGACAACGGCUGUGAGGGGCACUGUGGGACACAUUGCUCCUGAAUAUCUCUCCACAGGCCAGUCCUCAGAGAAGACAGAUGUGUUUGGGUUUGGGAUCUUACUACUUGAAUUAAUCACAGGUCAGAGAGCUCUAGAAUUUGGCAAGGCAGCAAAUCAGAAAGGAGCUAUGCUUGAAUGGGUAAAGAAACUUCACCAAGAGAAGAAGCUUGAUACGCUUGUUGACAAGGAUCUGAAGAACAACUAUGACAGAAUUGAACUCGAGGAGAUGGUUCAAGUAGCUCUCUUGUCCACCCAGUACAUUCCAGGACAUAGACCUAAGAUGUCUGAAGUUGUUCGAAUGCUUGAAGGUGAUGGGCUUGCGGAGAGAUGGGAAGCUUCUCAGAGAGUUGAAACAACCAAGUGCAGAGCUCAUGAAUUCUCCUCAUCAGAGCGGUAUUCUGAUCUCACCGAUGACUCUUCAUUACUUGUCCAAGCAAUGGAGCUCUCAGGACCUAGGUGAAUUUCAAUUACUUUUCAAACAGGGAUAAUUUUUAAUAAAAUAUAAAAUAGAAUAGAUCGGCGGCUAUAGAUUUCACCCAAAAAAAAAAAAAAAAAAUCCAAUUUCCAUUGAAAGAGUUUGUUGUAUAGUAGUGGUAUAUCAAAGGUUGUGACAUUAAUUCCUGGCUGUACAUAAUCUGAGUUGAGGAACUAACAUUAUUUAGAUUUGAGUGUUUCUGUUCUUGUUCUCCCAGUUAAGUAAAGAAUCUUUGUGGGGAUGUCCAAACAGUCAUUAAGGUUUGUAAAAAAUAAUGCUAUUGACGAGGGUUUUGUUUGUUUCCUGUAAAAUUUAAAGCAAAGAUAUAAUAGGACUUGUUUCUAUUCAAGGAA